AUGGAGUGUUCUAAUCACCUUCGUGAUAUCACCACCAUGCGCAUCUGCUGGAUAGAUCAAAAGGACUUGUCAUUCUACCUCCCACGUUUCACUUCUCCUUCAACUUUUCAACCCACAUCAAUCAGUGUAAUUGGAGUCGUCGUUCUUCUGGUGGGUUCCCUUGUCAUCUGUUUGGUAUUGGCCACGUGUUCACACUGGGACUCGGUGAGCAAAUGGGCGGAUCAUUAUUGCUCACGUCAACGUCGAUGUCAAGUGACUCCAUCCAGAAACGAAACAAACCGUGUAAGAGCCGGGAUGGACGGAACUUCGUUUCCGGGAUCCGUUCCGCUGCCGUUCGGAUUCCCACGCCUACCGAGUUACGACGAGUGUAGCUCACUAUCACCACCACCACCCUUCACGGUCGCCGCUCCAGUGAUCACCCCGGAUGUUUCCUCAGCCCAACGAAUGCAGCAAGUGGAAGACCAUCAAACACAACAGCAGCGGCAGUACCAGCAACAAACAGAUGCCUGUACAGGACCAUCUACACCUCAAACGACGGAAGGAAUGUCCAAUCAAGCAUAUGAAGAUGACUCAACCGCACACCCGCCUUAUCCUCCCCCAUCUUAUGAGUUAUCCGUUGCAAGUCCAGCCCAUGAGCACGAACAGCAUUCAACCAGUGAAGAACACCAAUGA